AUGAACCAGUUCGACAGUAUGCCGAGGAUGGAGAGGACGCGCCGACAACGCGACCAUUCGGCGGAUCUCUCACUGUCCUGCAGAUCGGCAUCCUUCUCGAAAUGGCGUGGCCCGCCGAAGCGCAAGGCGAUGAGCGUUUGCUCUGGUGCGUCCUCGUUCGGGUUCGAUAUGGACAAUUCGGUCUUCUUACGAUCCGAAGAAUAUUGUCGAGCAACGACGGCUCGCCCGAGGAGAAAGAAGCCGAGCCUCGCGCAACCGACAGCUGUGAAAUCACGUCGAGAUCGAGAAGACGUUGCCGAAUCGGGAAGACCUACAUGCCUAUCCGACUUGCGCUCGUUGGCGACGCUGAACGACGGCGAGCCGAAUCGUGUCGACCUCUACGUGCCGCCCGUCCUCCGCACCGGGCGCAUCGACCCGCAGGGCUGCCAGAUCACGGCACAGUACAACGAGGCCACCCAGCGCAUGCGCUUCAAGUACCAGCUGUACUGGGAUGAGGUCGGGCUCGGCUCGGCGGCCGCCAGAAACGACAGGUCGCUGCUCUCGAGCAGCCGCGACGUGCGCACAGCCGUCCAGGAUCUGCCGGCCGUGCUGUGCGACGGGCCCUGCGGCAAGGAGUACGCGCCGGAGCACCUUAUUACAAUCGGCCUCUGCGGCCACUACUUGUGCAAUGACUGCUCGCAGCAGAAGACGAAAGGAGGGAUGAUGCGCUGCAUGGCCCCCUCCUGCGACCAGGACUACAAGGACAUGUGCAACAACACGAGCCGUGGUAGUAGUCGCGUCGAGCGGCGGCUGUCGUUAUGCUCGGCGGCCAGCGAGGAGCCCCCGCGCAGCCGCGAUACGGAUGGCUGGCCGAACGAGGGCACCCUGUGCGGCACGCCGAAGCAGUUGCAGUCCCGCCCCGCAACGGCGUUGUACACUGGCCACUCGUCGGACUGGACGCGCACCAUCACCCCGGUGCUCUCCGUCGAGAUGGUCGUCGUCCGCGUGCUCGUCGUCAAGAAAACCGGCUACCACACGGAGCGCAAGCAGGUUUACGAGGGUGAAUACGAAGGCAGCUUCCCGCUUGGUCGCGCCCUGAUGGCCGUGUUCGGCAACUGGGGCGAGGGCAAGGUGUACAUCUGCCACAAGCGCUUCGGGGCCCCAGACCAUCAUCUCGUCGAGCUGGACAUGGCCAAGGAGGCCAAUUCGCCCCUCAACAAGUUCACCGCGAUGACCCGCCGCGGGAUUCUGAACCUGGCCGUCGACUACAGUGGCCGCAUGUUCUCCACCAAGACGUUC